AUGGCCCGAAUUACAAGAGGCACAGCGAAAGCAAUGUCCAACCGCGAAACAAAUUUCCAACGCGAACAGGGAUGCAAGACAAGGUUUCUUCAGCCUCUCUUCUCUGUGACUGGUGGAACCGUAUCGCAUACAAGCAUACCAUGGAGGGUAACAUCAGAGCUCUGGAAGUCAGAGGCUCAGUCUUACCAAAUUCUUCAAUCCAUCUGCACGCGAUGGCUAGCCACGCAACUCGAACCAAUUCCCUUGUCCUCUCAUCCAAACUUCACGCCUGACACAGAUGUCUCCAUCAUCAUUCCUCUCGUUGGACUUCCCUCCGCCACCUUCCUCGAAGCAAUCGAAACCUGGAUCACCAACAGUCCACUAGAAAUAAUAGUUGUGACCCCAGAAUCCAAUUAUCACUCUCUCCAGUCAGCAGUCAAACACAUUCCUCACCAGAACACACAUCUAGCAAUCACCACUGUCCCCAAAGCCAGCAAAAGACAACAACUAUCUCGCGGCAUCACUAAAGCUCGAGGAAGCAUCCUAGUCUUAGCCGACAGCGACGUCCUCUGGCAACCCACCCUCCUCGUCCACCUCCUCGCCGCUUUCGAAGACCCCACCAUCGGCGGCGUGGGUCCCUUCACAAAAAUCGUCCGCAAACACAACUCGAUCCCCGAGUUCAUCAUGCACCGCCGUUUCGUGCAACGCUACCGCCACAUCGCGGCCACAUUCAUCGUAGAUGGACACCUGAUCUGUCUCUCUGGCCGGACUGCUGCGUACCGAGCGCAGAUACUGAAAGACGAGACGUUUUUGAGGGAGUUUACGAAUGAUUAUUGGAAGGGGAAUUUGUUGGAUUCAGGGGAUGAUGCGUUUAUCACGAGGUGGAUACAGGAGAGGGGGUGGAGGGCUGUGUUGCAGGUUGCGAGCCAGGCGGAGGUUUUUACCUGGGCGAGUGACGGUUGGAGGAUUGUUGGGCAGUGGAUAAGGUGGACGAGGAAUUCGAAGAGGAGUUUUUGGAGGUAUUUGAGUUGUUGGGAUGUGUUUUCGAGACAGUCGUAUUUUGCGCUGAAUAUGGUUGAGUCGUUGUUGCGGCCGUUUCUUUCGAUUUGGUUCGUGAUGGGAUUCUGCUCUAGAACUUUGAGCGAAAAGACACGUUUCAGAAUAUGUUCUAUCUGGAUCUGUUUUGGACUUCUUCAGUGCCUCGCAGACUUCGAAGACUGGCCACUAUCCGUCUCUGGAAUUGCUAUCUCGCUGCUAAUGGAUAUUUACAUUGUAGUGUUCGAUGUUUGGGGAAUUUUGAGUCUUUCUAACACAGCUCGGUAGACAUAUGGGAGAUAAACAAG